AUGUUCUUCCCUCGUCGUCCUUCGUCUCCGCCGCCUCCGUCGCGGUCGCCCAACCUCGUGCCGGUCUCUCUUCCCUCUCCUCCCCAUUUCUCAAAUAAGCUAUCCAAAUCACCGUCAGCGGCCAAAAUGCCUCUACCCGACUCGGGUCCUACCCCUCUCAGUCCUAUCGGCGUCCGACUCAUUCAGCUGAGAACAACGCGCUCCCAGGAUAGGCUUCGUAGUAAGCCAAAAGCCAGCACGCUUUCUCCGAACGCGCAGCCCAGCGAGCGCGAAGGUCGGAUCCCCCGUAAAUCUGUCUCCACCUCAAACUUGAAGCUGUCGCCAUCUAGCGCACGAACGCGUCGCGUGCCAAGCCUGAGCCCAUCUCGGUGCCGUUCCCCGCCUCCUUCACCAUCUAUUGCAUCCCCUCCUCCCCCAGUGCCUCCCAUCCCAGCAUUCUUGCGCAAUGUCACAGAGAAGCGAACCGCUAUUCCCCCAACGCGAAGCCCCCGCCCAUCGCCUAGACAUUCUUCCUCUGCCUGCUCUAACAACACCAUCCUUGACCUCUAUCUUAACCGUGACGAACCCCUCGAGGCUUGCAAGCAAGGAUCUCAGGCUGGCGCCGUUACUUGCAUGCAGUUUUUCGCGAUUCAUAAUCCCGAGUAUGAGGUCAAGGCAUGAAAUCAGCAUUGAACGCACGAGUAACUUCAGGCUUCACCUUAAAUCGACUCACUCGACGAAGCACGCACAGCAUAUUGCCUCUGACGCAUGAUCAGAUGAAUCAAAAUGGAUGAUAGUCGUCUGGUUUCGACGUACACGGCUGAAAUCAAUCCUCUACCUAUGCGCAUGGACUUUCACAACUCUUCAUUUCGGACCUACACAUUAUUCUUCCUCUAUAUUAAUGACUGACGUACCAUACUCUUUUUGCUCCCGCUAUAGCUAGUCCGUAUUGCAUCUCGUCAUCGCCUUCCUUUCCUUCGUAUCAUAUUUCCUUUACC